AUGGGAGCACCGAAGCAGAGAUGGACGCCGGAGGAGGAGGAAGCGCUACGGUCUGGGGUGCUCAAGCACGGCGCUGGCAAAUGGAGAUUGAUUCUGAAGGAUCCCCAGUUCGGCCGCCGCCUCUUCUCCCGCUCCAACGUCGAUCUGAAGGUCUCAUUGCCGCCACUGUUAUCGGAUGUUUCUUGUAAAAGUUUCCUUCGGACUCUCGUCGACGGUGGGGUUGGUUUGUCAUCGCUUUCAUAUUCUCUGUCUGAUAACUGCCCUUAUGAUGCAUCUUUCUCAGACUUCUUCUUAUGAUUAUCGUUGGAGUUCAAUUGCUGCCCCACGAAAUUGGUUUUGGUGGAUAGGUCUGCGUUUGGGGCGUCUAUGGAUGCCCGUAUCAGGGAAUGUGUGAUUCCCCAUUUUUAUAAAAGAGUCAUGAUACAGACAAAUCUUGUGGUAUUAAUGUCUAGUUAUGAUGGAGGUGUCACCUUGAUAGUUUCUAGAAGUCGUCACUAGUGAUUAAUGGACAGGCAAGAGACAUGAGCAAGUCUUACAUAGUCCAUUUCCCAGAGCAUGGUUCCGAUGCGUACCGCCCACAUAUUUCCAUCGUACAUAGUUCAUUCUGGCUCUUUUCUUGUGACUUCAAUUUUCCUGGUUUCACCGAUUUUCUAAAGCCUUCGUUAUCCCAUCGCAUAAUUCUUUAAUCUUGCUUUAUGCCAUAUCUAGUUUCCUUUAUGAUAUUGGUGACCUGACCUAGCAUAUUUGUAUUUCUAAUAGAAAAAUAAUUGGUUUAACGUACCUCAUUUCUCAAUACAGGAUUUGCUGAAUCCUGAUGCGGUUUAGAAGUGUUCUGACGAGCUUCUAUUGCAUUCAGGACAAAUGGAGAAAUAUGUGUGGUAGCUACGGCUCGCAGGAGAAAGGAAAGUUGCCAAGAAUAAACGAUACACCAGCUACCUCCGUGACUCGUGCGUGCAGUCAUUCCUCUGCCCCUUCUGAACAAGAUGAUCAAACACCUGUCACAGGUUACUCAGAUAAUGUUCAAGAUGCUAAAACUUCUACAGAGUACGUCUAGUUGUCAUUCUUCAUUCCACCGUCAGAUUUCAUUCAGAACCUCAAGUGCUGCUCAAAAUUACUCCUAGAGUUUGGUGUCGGUGUAUGUUGUUUACUACAUACGUGCACAUAUUUUUCAUUGUAAAAAGUAACUAUUGACUCGAGCUAUAGAAACUUCAUAUACUAUAUUAAGUAUUGAACUGCAUUCGUAUUGAACUGUGACUCACGUAAGGAGCAUAAACAAAUGACGUACAUGAAUCCCAAGCUUCCCAAUCAUUGUACAAUUUUUCAACAUUUAAAAAAAAUUAUAAGCUUUCUCCCUUGACGUAGUCGUGGAGGCUGUCUUUUCUAUAGUCACUUUUUCUAUGGAUGAAUGGCAUGCUCUAAACACGGGGAACAUUUAGAGAGGAAAGUUCAAAUCAUUGUUCAUGAUUUAUUCCAUCAAACAAUUUAUAUAAUUUUUAUCUCAGGGCAUCUUAACAUUUCAAAAUUAACAUAUACAACAUUUUUUUCUUGCUUCUUUUUUUCAAUGCCCAGACUUUUCAUAAUUGUUCCACUUCUUUGACUGAAAUCUCCCCUGACGAUAACAGUAGUGCAUCUACACAUUCAUGCAAACAACAAAAAAAAGAACAAGUAGGUGGCACAAUUCUUUCAGUGAGUCACUCAGAUGGCUUAUGUCGAAAUUAGAUACUCUUUGUAUUAGAUGGACGUAAAAGUGUUAUCUCAAAACAGCGAUAAGUAGCAAACAUUGUGAAGAGUCCUCGGUUUCUUGGCUAGGGAAUAUUAUGACAAUCUGCACCUAUAUACACGUGCGUGGUUUACAAACAGAAAUAUCCAAAAACAAUGAACAAAGGAUGCGAAAAGAAAGAAUAAAACAGGAGGAUCCAGACAGAGCAACAGCAGAUACUCUGAUCCAUAAACCUAGCGUAAAUAACCGCUCCACUUGUCCACGAUGUUUUUUCGCAUGCAUCGGCUCCUAGGUGGAGUUACUUUCCCCAUUGUUCUGCAUGAUCAUGUUCAACAUUCUUGAAACAAUUGUUAUCUUCCAUAUAUUUCCGUAAAGAGUAACUCCAGCUCUUUUGGCAUGUGAGUCUAGCGAAUAUAAAAUCAGUUCAGCAAGGUGGAUAUAAUUUCAGAACACGACUUGAUCAAAAUAAGAAAGAAGAAUACUAAGAUAGUUUUUCAUUUUUCAAAGGAGCACUAGCUGGCUGGUGCAGCCUUUUUCUGCCCAUUUCGAGUGAACAUCCAAUCAAUCUAGUGUGUGCUUAUCAUCAAACUGUCUUUUCAUGAUUUCCACCCCUGGCAGCACUUGUGAUUUUUUUUAUUGGAAAAUUAAAGAAUUAUGCUCUUUACUGAUCCUUGUCAUCGGUUACAACUUUUCUCUGGACAUUAAUUAUUAUCACAUAUUACUUAUUCUCUCUCCAUUGCUGCUCAGGCCGCUCACCUCUGUGUGGGUAUGUUUUUGGUGCUGUCUGUUCUGUUUUUCCGGAAUAAGAAUAUAAGAAUGUAUGAAGAAAGUAUAAACUCGUGGAACUAAUGAAACCUUGCCCAUGUUGUAACUGAAAUGUUAUUCCGAGGUAUCUUGUCUGUUUAUUCUUGUAAACCAUCUUAUGUUUACUAGGUUUACGACUAUGAUAACUGAAGCUCUAUCUAACCUGAGAGAGCCACAUGGAUCAGAGAUCAGUGCAAUCUGUGGGUUCAUUGAGGUAAAUUUCCACUUUCUGAUUUUACAUAUAAAUAUAAAUCUAUGAAGUAGCAAUGUUUUCCCACAUAUUCAUUCAGUCAUACUAAGACUCUUCAGGCCAGGUAUAAGUCCUCACUCCACUUGUCGUUUGAGAAAAGAUUUAUGAGUAAUUCAUAAGUCAAACUUGAGAAAGAUCAGUGAACAAAACCUGUUAGAACGUACUGAUUUAAUCAUAGAAAUCAGUGAUGAAAAUAUUAGUCGGGUUAUACAGAAGGUUAUAGAUGAUUUGGAGCUUUAAUUACCACGAUAUCCUCUCACUAAUGCUAUGAAUUUGAGAUCAUUUUUCUCGUCCGCUCACUUGCCAAAACUGUAACCUGUCCUUGAACCUUUCUUCACUUUUCAAAAGAUGAGCCUCGGCUGAUUUUGGAGAAAAUCUCUCUCAGAUAGUAGACCUUGGAUUCUUUGACAACAAGGCAAACUGUUUUCAGUGGUUGCAGUAGGCAACAAAAAUGUCUCCAAACAUUGGAUAAUAUUUCUUAUGUUCAUCAUAAAGAUCCUAGGAUUGAUUACUUGUCAAAGCACAAGCAAGCAACGCACGUCCAGCAUUUAUAGACUAAAUAAAAUGAUAAUUCCAUGUCCUUGGCAUCGAAAACUAUCUACGACAACACCAGCCACUCUUAUAAUAAUGUGCUUAUAUGGCUUACACGCAGAUAUUGGAGAAACCUUUCAUGACUUCUAUACAUUCUCCCUGAUGCAGCAACGCCACAAUGUGCCUCCAAACUUUAGGAGGAUUCUUGGCUCAAAACUGAAGCUACUUGCUGUGCAGGAAAAAGUCGAAAAGGUGAGUUCAAUUUUCAGGGUUUCACGUCAAAGCUCGUCUCCUUUUAUCGUCCCUCUCGCAUACACAGCUGAAAGUUCAUUCGAGUCAACCUCCCUGGCCCCCCCCCCACCCCCCCUCUUCGACUGUGAAAACAUGCAAUACCGUGCCUCACAGGUAAAAAGAGGUUACAAGCUGAAGCAAGCCUCGACCCCCUUUGAGACGAAGACUCCCAUCACAGAACAGAGGGAUCCAGCGAACUGCCCGAUGUUCCCAGGAUCCCCAGUACGCAAUGGUGCGGACAUCCUGCCAGUGGGACCCACCAUGACUGCUGUCACACACAUAAUCGCAGAGGCAGAGGCCAAGUCGUUUCUGGCAUCAGAGGCAGUCGAGGAGGUGGAACGGAUCCUGAGGCUGGCAGAAGAAUCCGAUUCCCUGCUGACGCUGGCAAGCGAGAUCUUGGAGCAGUGUGAAGCCCAGAACCCCCGAUCCCCUCAGAAAGUAUUUCAGCUCUUUCCCCGUUUGUUCAAAUGUCCCUUAACUUGGACUCCACCACCGCAGGUUCACAAGGAGAAAUCAUGAUCAUCAUUCAACCCCUGCUGCUUUCGGGAGAGACACCAACAGAGAUCGACUGA